AUGCCAGAAGGACCCAGCGACAUCAACAACACUACCGUCCAGACAGAGACUGGAGAUGAGAAGCCAGCAGAGGCCUCGAAAUGGACCGUCGUUACAGCCGCCGGGGCGGUGCUCUUCAUAGGCGUGGGCUACACAAACACCUUUGGCGUGUUCUCGAACUAUUAUCAGACUCACUUACUGGCUGGUGACCCUCCAGAGAAAAUCAUACUCAUUGGUAGCGUGGCCUCCAGUCUUUACUUCAUCUUGGGAGCAUUCACUGGACGCUUUGCCGAUCUCGUGGGGUAUCGAGUAUCGCUCAUACUCGGAGCUGCCUUGAUGGUGGUUGCGUUGUUCACGGCGAGUGUAUCGACCACGUUCUGGCAGCUGUUCAUGUCACAAGGCCUAACGUUCGGCUUAGGCCUGGCCUUUGUGUACAUGCCAACGACAACGAUCUCCAGGCAAUACUUCGGCGCUCGGAUGCAUGGUCUCGCAAAUGGAAUCAUUAUAUCAGGUGGUGCCUUGGGCGGAUGCGUGUUGCCGUAUUGCGUGGAUCUGAUGAUGGCGAAGUACGGCCUCGCAAAAACAUUCCGGAUCCUAGGAUACAUCGCCAUCGGAGUCCUCGUACCGAGUAUCUUCUUCUUAAAGCCGAGAGCAUCUCAGGACUCACGAACGCGUAGGGGUCAAGUGUUCGAUGUCGAGCUUCUGAAGAACAAACGUUUCCUGUGGCUGCUGGCGGCCUGUACUAUUGCUAUGAUUGGGUUCCUGCCAAGAUACUUUUUGAUCUCAUCGUCAGCUGAAGCCAAGGGCAUAGGGUCCACGUACGCAUCCUGGCUCUUGGGUCUCAUGAACGGGCUCUCGAUCAUAGGAAGAAUCGGCAUAGGCUAUCUCUCAGACCGGCUUGGCAAGGGCACUGCUCUUACUCUUAGCUUUCUUCUAUGCGGCAUUGGACACGUCGUAUUCUGGCUUCCUGCCGUGUCACUCCAGGAUGAGAAUACCGAAACAGCCAUAGCGUUGUUCACCCUCUUCGUUGUUUUCGUUGGCGUCUUGGGUUCCGGCUUCAUCUCCCUCUUCCCAGUCGUUGUGGCGGAUAUGUUCGGAUCUGAGAAUCUAGCAUCCAAGACUGGCUUGCUUAACACCGCCGUUGGAUUUGGAACCCUCGCCGGACCGAGCGCAGUAUACGCAAUCAUCGGUUCUGGCCUACACAGGAAAUGGAUGGCCGGCGUGCUCACAGCGGGGUUGUUGAUGCUUGUAGGAGGCAUCCUACUCUCUGCAAUGUCAGCACCGUGGAACAAGAUUCGACGGAGGACCGGGGCCGAGUCUGUGUGA